AUGUCACCCAAGGAGCUCUUCACGGUGCCCAUCGCGCCCUGCGACCCGCACCCGGGCGGCUCCAUCGUCGCGACCCAGCCCUACCCGGCCGUCUACCUGCUCACCUUCUCGUCCCCCUCGGACAACCGGCUGACGACGCCCUUCUGCGCCGCCAUGCUCCGGGCCCUCGACCUGAUCGAGUUCGGCGACUACGGGCCCCCCGGCGUCGUCGUCACCACCUCGGCCAUCCCCAAGUUCUACUCCAACGGGCUCGACCUCGACCACGCGCAGGACAACGCGCCGGGGUACUGGACCGGGGCGCUCUACCCGCUCUUCCGCCGCUUCCUGGCCUACCCGAUGCCCACCGUCGCCCUCGUCAACGGCCACGCCUUCGCCGGCGGCGCCAUGCUCGCCAUGCACCACGACUACCGCGUCAUGAACCCGGCCAAGGGCUUCCUGUGCCUCAACGAGCUCGACUUUGGCGCCCCGCUCAAGGCGCCCAUGGCCGGCGUCUUCCGCCUCAAGGUCGCCGACCCGGCCGUCUACCGGCGCGUCGUGCUCGAGGCCCACCGCUUCCCCGGCCCGCAGGCCCUCGAGGCCGGGCUCGUCGACGCGCUCGGCGGCCUCGACGACGGCGUCAUGGCGCAGCUCGUCGGGCCCCGCGGGCUCGUCGCCAAGGGCCGCACGGGCGUCUACGGCUUCCUCAAGAUGCAGAUGUACCGCGAGCAGCUGGGCUACCUGACCGCCGCCGGGUUCGACGCCGACGAGGCGCGCGACGCCGCGCUGCUCGCGCUCGAGGACGAGAGGAUCGACAAGGGCAAGGAGGCCGUCGCCAGGUGGAAGGCCGAGGCGGCGGCGGGCGGCGAGGCGCCCAAGGCCAAGCUGUGA